AUGCCUGGACCCCACGAACGUCCAGAGAAUAACCUCACCACCCUCUUCGAGCGUUAUCCCGACAUCACUUUCGAUACCACCACGGAUUUGCUCGAUCCCGAAUGUGACAGGGAACACUUCUCAUCACCUUGUUCGAACCUCACCGACCACGAUGAAGCACACCACUCGGUAGAGUCCGCCUCAACGGCCAACACUACACCUUUGCGACCACAGCCUCAGAGGGUCCAAACAGCGUACAUGCCCGACCAUUCCGAUUUCUUGGUGGAAGUCGAAGGCGCGGAUCUACCAGAAGUCUGUAAACAUGGUUUCAGGACUCUUGCCUAUCACAUUGCGGAGCUUACUACGCUGCUGGUGCUUCCGAACGGUCGGCUCUCUUCGGCCUAUGCCAAAACGAACAGAGAGGCCAUUUUGGCUCAUAGUCAAGAUAUGCUGGUUCAACUUCGAGACGCAAACAGCAUGCUCGCAGAGCAAGUACGGAACGAUUCAUAUAUCAAAUCACUGGCACUCUUCACAAUCAAGCCCGCGCAACAAGACGUGUGGACUAUCUUCCGGCAGAGAGCCCAAGUGAUCGUGGAUUAUACAGCACUUCCGUCGGCAUCGGAGCUGAAACUAUCCGUCCAUCUCGCGCACCUGUUUGAUGCCUACGUCUACCAUCCUUUCAUUCGGCUGCCAGAUCUUAGUGGUAUUGAUUUGGACAUCCAGGCGCGAAUCAACGACCUGUAUGAUGGUAUUAUGACGCUUCCACAUGGCUACCGUCGCUGGUGCAAUGCAAUGAAGGAUAUCAGGCACACAUAUAUGCUGCCCUUGCUGAGGCAGAUGCGAGAAUCGCCGGUGAUAUUGCAGGAGAUCAAGGAUUUCGAGCAAGCGAAAUCGGCUGCACUGGCAGUCGUUGGCGAUCCCGGAGCACCAGGGAUGCGAAUCAUAGAUGAGACUGUGAUUAGGUACUUGGAGGCCACUGCUAGCCAAAGGAGAAGAACAGCACGUCCUAUGAGGAGUUGA